GGCUGGAUCGUUACGAAGCUUUCGGCGAAAUCGACUGAGGCUCGAAGUUCUACGGCUGUUUAACUUCAAUCAAGCUAAUAUCACGCACCAAAGAACAACCUACAGGCGAAACAAUAGUCUAUAUCGUCACCGAUUCUCGAGGCAGUAAUGGGUACAACGAAGAUCUUUGUUGGCUCACUCCCUGAGGGCACUAGCAGCAAUGAUAUCCGGGCGCUAUUUGAGGCGUACGGCGCGGUCGCCGAAUGUGACGUCAUCAAAGACUACGGCUUUGUGCAUAUGAUGAACGAUGCUGAUGCUCAAGCCGCUAUCGAAGCACUGAACGGCCACGAAUUCAGGGGAGUGGCCAUCCUCGUCGAGGAAUCGCGAUCACGUGUCCGACAUCAGCCAGGCAUGGGCGGUCGGAUGACGUGCUUCCGUUGCGGUCGUCAGGGACACUGGAGUAAGGAGUGCCGAGCAGGUGGGGUAGGCUCAGAUGGGAGCACUGCGUAUCGUGAGUAUCGGCCGGGCCCGUACAGCCGCCCACCAGGGUACGACCGCCGUGGGCCACCGCUUAGAGGAGGUCCGGCCUCAUCGUCCUACGCAGGAUCACCCUACGAACGCUAUGAGCGCCACGAACGUGCAGGGAGCGGUACAAGUGGAUACGAUCGUGAUCGCUACGAGCGGUUGUCAAGCAGCGCGUAUGAUAGUCGUGGCGGUGGCUACUCCGAAUCGCGGUAUGAAAGAGCGUCACCUUACGAGGAUACAUCCGAGUACAGACGCGCGCUACGCUCGAUAUAUGAGCGAAGAUCUGAUGACUACGGCUAUGAACCACGAGGAAGCAAAGAAUAUGGCUCAUCGCGUCGGGCGGAGUAUUUUGACAGACGCAGCCCCUCAAAAAUUAAGUACUCCAGACGCGACUCGUGGACGAACGGGGGCGGCAAUCGUGGCGGUAGCGGCAGCGACCGCGAAAUUCGACGAGGCUAUGAGAGCAGUCGGAAGUCUUCUUCUGCAUACGAGAGUAGUCAAUCGGUGCGGCAGUACACUCCCCGAGAUAGGUAUUACUAGAUCAAAAGUGGCGGGAAACGCGGGCGGCGACGAGAAGACUGGAUAAACUGAAAUCUCAUUCGCCGUCGAUUAAAAAAAUAAGGCAAGCUUGCCUGAGCUUCAAAAACGUGUGAGUCGUCAUUAUUUUAGUCCCGCCAUGUGUCAUGGGGAAGCAUAAGCGAAUAUAAAGGAAGCAUACGGAAGUGCUGGGUGUAACGAGCGAGAUUACAACUAGUUAUUGAUCCUCUUUGCGAAUAAUGAGAGCUAUAUUAUGCACACGUGAACGGCACUUUGCGAGCCUUUGUGACGAGACAUGUAGAAAAUAAAAGAAAUCAAUUAAUUAUCGUUGAGUAUCAGAAGGAAUUAAUGUUAAUGUUGCUCCGUUAGUCUGCGAAAAAAAAAGAGUUGUAUGAGAGAUAUUUAUCUCUAGCUUGACUUAUCGCAACGUAUCAUAUCGUUAUAAUAGUUAUUAUAAUGACGAUACUAGUAAAUAUUAUCUGUUUUUACCCGAUAUCACAAGUGAAAUUAUGGCAUGCAAAAACGUUGAAAAAUAAUAACAUAUACUUUGUUCAUUACAUAAACACAAUCGCAUCUAAAUGUAUAUGACAAUACCAUGCGUGUGAACCAUGUGACCCUGAAAGCUACUUAAUAACGACAUGUUUAUUCAGUUAGUGAUAGCGGUCGUUAUAUAUAUAUAUAUAAAUCCCGGUGACCGGUCUUCAACGACUUCAACUUCUACUACAAAGCAAUUAUCAAUGAGCAGCUGAAGCGGACGACAAAUUAGAAAAACCAGUGAAUGACAAUUGAUAUUUGACAAGUGCUUAUUAUUCCUUAAUUUCUCAUAAAUUGUGUAACAUAUAUGUAUGUCGUGUGCCGGAGCUCAAAGCAGCAGGUAGUAAAUGAUAUAAAUAUAUGGCCGGGAUUUUUGAGAGUGCAUCAUUCAUAAGCAAAUCCUGAAUGGAUCGGGGAUAAAUAAGUCGAGAAAUGACCAAAUUGUGAAGCCAGGGAAAAGUAUGAUUGGUGAAGACGGAAAAGCUGACUUAUGAAGAUUAAAAAAAAUCUCCGCGAAUUCUAUGGAAACAAUGUGUAAAUUGUAUAUUGGCCGGGUUUUGCCCUACAACAAACAUUAGAAAAUGAACCUGCUCGCCUCAGCAAUACUGAUGUACAUUUCGGAGAGGACAUAUACACAACCAAGGUCCAUUCAACAUAAAUAAAAUUAUCCUAAAAUCGUAUACUUUUGUGCUCUCUGUUCUUUUGGCUCUUAGAAAAAAAAAGGAACACUAUUUAAUAUUUCUGUAUUUAUUAUCCCUUGUCACAUCUGGAAUAAUCUUCUUAGUGUCAUAUAUACGACAAUAAUUGCGAAAGAAAUAUGUUUAUUUAAACGCGUGUCGAUGUAUUUGUGCGAGCGGUAACCUCAGAUUCUGUAACUUGUUCCGUGCAUUAGGUAUUUUACUUAGGCGCAAUACAUACCAGCUAGAUGUAACAACAAUCACCAACAGAUGAAAACACACAAAACUUACUUAAGAUCAAUUUUAUAAUACAUUUGUUCACUUGAUAAAAACCACUAACGUUUGGAAUAGACUUAAACAGGAUUACAACGCAUGAAAGAUGUACGUUGGGUUAGAAAAAUAAUGAUAUCAAUUUCUGAAUUACAAUAUCACAUCAUUUACUGAAUUACAUCAUUGCAAAUAUUGAGUCAGGUUUAAUGUAUCUCUUUAUAGUACAUAUCCGUAAAAUGUAUGGUAACUUUUUUUCGACGAGUCAUUCACUGGUUAGCGGGAUGUCAUUUUCUUCGAUAUUUUUGCUGCUCAACAUUAAUUUAAGUCGUAUGGCUAAAUAACUGAAGAUCUUUGUAAUUAUUAUCAUAAAACUAAACGGUUUGUAGGAUAGUAUGAGAAGGCGAUAUUCUUGGAGCUACUCCAAAUCAGUACUUCAUUUUAUAGAGUCUCGAACACCGACAUAACUUAGUGGUAAUAUAGUGUACUUAGAAACCCUAAAAGAUGCUGUGUAUGUUCUUAUUACUCCACACAUGUUCUGUAGCAGGACCUGACUCGAAGUUACGAUCAUCUUUAGACAAACUCAUCCGUUGUAGUAACGGUUCGAUUAUUCCACGCAGAAGACUCUUUAGUUGUAAGUAACGGAAUAAUUAGUGCCUCGUAAUUUGGUUCGUACUACUACUUUAACUAUGAAUCAGUGUACAGAUUCGAAUUUAUCACAUAGUAAAAAAUAGCAAAUAUUGGAGUACCCAGAUUCGGUACUGACAGAACUAUAUAACAUAUUUGGCCAGUACGUACUUAUUACAGAAGAUUAAAAAUCUGAAUUGUUUAUAGAGCUAUGCUCGUUAUUUGCUGAUCAUUGUGACGUCGCUCAACAUCGUUAAAAUAUCAAUUAGACGCAUAGUAUAUACCCAGUUAUGGACAAAUUAUAUCCACUGUAAUAAGGUAAACUCAGGUAAUAGGGUAGGUAAGGAACCUUAGUACCUCCAACGCGUUCUCUGUUUUUACGUACAUAUUUCCAUUUACACAACUGAAUGGAUGGUGAUUAUCAUAUUAGAGAUCGCUUACCUACUGUGCGAAAGUAAAUAUAUUCUUUUAUUUCAAAAUUAUCUCGCUUACUGUAUGUGUGAGGGACGAAUAUUACUGUCAUGUGCAUGAUACGAUGCGGUCACGCUACUAUAGGUGAUAGAACAGACCUGUCUGAACUUGAAGGCAUGUGUAAAGAUUCAGUCAGCAGGCUGACCUUGUUCAUAUGUCAUGAUAUUUUAUUUAACGAAGUUAGAUAAUGUAACUCAAAAAUACGAUGUUAUUUUAUUACGACUGGGGAUUUAACGUGGUUAAGUAUAGCUAUUGGCACUCGUUCAAUGAAAACGUUAAGGAUUGCACAAAUAUCAAUCAAAUACAUAAGGCGCAAUGAACUAAUUGCUCAGAAAUGUUUCACGUAAGGCUGACGAGUAAUUAUUUAUAUAAUAUACACACUCGAAGAUAAAUAUAUUUGAAUUGCCGAAGUUCCAAUGGUGAAUUCUCCCGUUAGAAAUAUAUGGUGACUAAGUGUAUAGUGUAUGUUGUUUACAUGGUAUGAACACACCAAUUAAUUAUGUGAUGAGUUACAGGACGUCUAAUAUUAUUGAUCAAAAAACCGCUUAUCAAAAAAAAAAAACGCUUUGUUU